AAACUUAUUAAAUAGACUUGCAUGAUGACGUCAUCAAUGGUUGAGAGUGUGAAGGAGCUUUUGUUGAAUAAGUACUCUGUCAAAAUACCCUCGGUCGAGUGGCUGGAACAGUGUGUGGAGUUCGCAGUCGACGCAGCCUCUCAGAGGCCGACUGCGGAUGUUGUGACAGAGGAAGUUCUGGGCCAGUUGUUGGACUUUGAUCUACAUGAGAUGGGUGAGCCGACGCUUCCGGCGCAUGUUGCCAACUGCCGCAAAGCGGUUGUCAAAGGUCCCUUUCUAUGCCAGGUACAGGCAUUGGCGGAUGUGAGUAAGCCGUUCUAUAGACAGUACCAGGAACUGACGAGGACCUACUGCAGAGACAGCGAGGUCGGCACCAAUGACCCCGAGGAGCACAAUGGGGACAUGAACCCCACCCAGACUCAGAGCCAUACGCAAUCUCAUAGCCAUAGAAGUAGGCAUAGUAGCACUGGUUAUCAGAGACAGGAAAAUGGAAGGCGUUGUCUGAUGUUGCAGCUCACAGACGGCGUGCGGACUGUGAAAGGAAUGGAGUAUUUACCCAACCCCUCUCUGGACCCUCUCAACAUACAGCCAGGGUGCAAAGUAGUCCUCUUGAACAAAAUCCUGUGCAGAAAAGGGGUUAUGUUGCUGAGACCCGAGAACAUACGAGUGCUCGGAGGAAAAGUGGACUCUCUAAUUCCAAUCAGAACCCCACUCUACAUGUUCGCAUCUGUCCUAGGCAAAGAAGAUCAUCUGAGGAAGCUACUUGGUAAUCUCAGUGUAGGAAAUACGCAGUCCAGCAGCUUAACUUCAACUGCGAACAGUUCCCAGCAAUCGUCUUCAUCCGUGGGACCUAAUCCAGCUGUACAGCCAUUUCAAAUGCAAGCACAGAGAUCUGCAGUAGGACCCAUAAGUUACUGGAGCGUACCAUCCAGGCUAGUGUCUCCAGUGUCAAGUUCAAAUAGUCACACUCCAACAACAACGAAUAUACAAAGCACGAGUUCCGUAACAUCUUUGACUUCUACAAGUUCAAACAAUGCUCAGACUACUAGCCGUAGAAUAAAUAUAGUAUCAAAUCAAUCGACCAACGCAGUUGCUCCAAGAUCAAAUCCAGCAGCAAGCAAUGGAUCUUCAGCGAGUAUUCGGGCCCAAUCUGGAAACCAUGGCUGGGCUGAUGUGGGUGUCCAAAAUAACCGAGUACCUCAGAGGAACUACGAAGUAGUUACUCUCCCGACACGUGAAGCGAAUGCCAGAAAUAAUAUUCAGUUUGGCCUUAGUCAUGUCAAUUUAAUCGAAAAUGAUGAUGACUCUGGCGUUCCAAAUGAUGAUGAAAUUGAUGACCUUUUGGAAGAUGAUCAACAAACUAACGAAGUUCUCCAGGAAUCCUUAAAUGAUGAGGAUUUUGCUAUUCCUGUUGGAGAAAGCGAAGAAGCUUCUUCGAGGCCGACGGAAGUUAGCCCAACGACCGAAGAGCCGACAAAUAGCGCAGCUCCUACUCGAGACGAUAUUGUUCACGAACCAGUAGCCUUGCCAUCUGAGCUAAAUAUAGUGGUUCCCGAGCCAAAAACCCCAGGGCGUGAAAUAGUUGCGGAGAGAACUACAACGUCAGAAGGAACGUCAAAUAUCGUUGAGCAGACAGAAGAACGCAUUAAACCAAAGUUUACCAGUACUCCUUUUACGAAAACCGUAAGAGAAGGCCAGAGUGCUUCUGGUGUGCAGAUCAGAUCAAGUAUGGACUUCGGGUUGAAUACAAUAACGAUAGCGAAUAAAAGUCAUAGCAACUCUGUUUUGAGACGUGAUUUAGGAGAAUGUGUGUUGGCUGAUCUGAAGACCUGUCAGUUUGGUCCCUCUGAGAUCCAGAUGUCAUACACUGCACAAGUGAAGUGUGGUGUGGAGAGUGCGCUGAGUGAAUUGAGAAAUGAGAGUGGUCAAAUGUGGACACUCACAAUCCGACUCAGAGACUCCUCAGCCACUCUGGACGUGAAAAUCGCAUCACAGGUUCUGGAGGAAAUCAUUGGUUUGUCUCCUCUACAGGUGUUUGAGUGCCAAUCAUUCAUAGAAGAGGGAAGCAAUGAAGCUGACAAAAUCAAAGAGGGUAUCAAGAAGGUCCCUCAAAUGUUGCAGCAGCCUGAGCUGUCCAUGCGAAUCGUGUAUGAACACAAAAUCAAUGAGGGAGGUGUCUCUUCUAAUGAAAAGCAGUGGCCUAUAGUCACCAGAUUACAUUCCACUUGAACUUGACUUACGGCGUUGCUUUGGAAAAGUUUUGACAAAUUUUUGGAUACCAUUCAAUGCCGGUGAUUUACAAUAGGUGGCAGAUUCAAGUUAAAAGCUGGAUCGCUCUUUGUUAUACU